AAGAGCAGAGGGCACUGCCAUGGUAUGAGACAGGAGCCCAAGGAGAGAGAAACCCUAGAGUCAAGGAGCAAGGCAAGGAAAGCAAGGGGAUCCGGCCAGAGGAAUCUGAACACAAGCCAAGAAGGGUCUGAGAGCUGAGCUGCAGGAAUGGCACUAAGGAUGCUCUGGGCUGGACAGGGCAAGGGGAUCCUGGGAGGCUGGAGGAUCAUCGGCUUGGUGGUGUCUCUGCUCCUGCAGCACCCGGGAGUUAACAGCAAGUGUUACUUCCAAGCUCAAGCCCCCUGCCACUAUGAUGGGAAAUAUUUCACUCUGGGUGAAUCCUGGCUCCGCAAGGACUGCUUCCAUUGUACCUGUCUGCAUCCUGUUGGUGUGGGCUGCUGUGACACGUCUCAGCAUCCCAUUGACUUCCCCGCUGAGUGUGAAGUACGCCAGGAGGCAGGAACCUGUCAGUUCUCUCUGGUGCAAAAAUCUGACCCUCGGCUGCCCUGCAAAGGGGGAGGACCCGACCUAGAAUGGGGCUCAGCUAACACCCCUGUUCCUGGGGCUCCUGCUCCCCACUCCAGCUAAAGGAUCACCCAUCUGCUGACUGCUCACCGCUGCUGCCACUUCCAGGGAAACCACUAGCAGCUGCCAACUUACU